AUGGCAGAAGAGACAAUUUAUCUGUGUAAGUUCCGUGUAUCUGUGGAUGGAGACUGGUUAUGUUUGAAAGAGCUGGCUGAUGUGCACUUCGAAGUGGAGGAAGUUCACAUGGCGGAACCAGAAGAGGAACCUGAUGGAAGAGAUCCUCAGCUGAUUGAGCGGACCAAUCUGUUGAACAUUUCCAAACUGCUGAUCAAGGAGCUCAUUGACUCCUCUCUGGCUCAUGGCCGGAUGUUGGAUGAUGACUACAUUCCUCUGCAGCAGUUCUUCAUUGUCCUGGAGCAUGUGCUGCGACAUGGCCUUAAACCUAAAAAAGGAAUCCUUAGUUCCAAAAAGGAGUUUUGGUGGGUGUUGGAGAGUAUAGAGAAGUUAGCACCAGAGGCUGCAGAGAUAACCAUCAGUGUCCGGGAAAUGCCAAACAUCAGGACACCACUAGGUAGAGCCAGGGCUUGGUUACGGCUUGCACUGAUGCAGAAAUCGCUCUCUGAUUAUUUCAAGCUGAUGAUAGAGAACAGGGACACACUUCUUCAUGAUUUUUAUGAACCUGGAGCCUUCAUGCUUGAGGAAGAGGGAGUAGUUAUUGCAGGCCUUCUUGUGGGUCUGAAUGUUUUGGACUGUAAUAUGUGUAUCAAAGGAGAAGACUUAGAUCAACCGAUGGGAGUUAUUGACUUCAGUUUGUACAUGAAAGAUGGAAAAUACAACGACAUAACAGAUGAGGAGAGCGCUGAAGGCAGUUCUAAAAUGGCAACCAUCUUGGACCAGAAGAAUUAUCUAGAGGAACUAAACAGGCAUCUCACUGCGACUGUGGCCAACUUGCAGCAGAAGUUAGAGAUUGUUACUGCAGACAAUUGUCUUAUGAAAGAGGAUUUGGCCAUUUCAAAGAAUAGCAUCUUCACUCUGCAGGCAGAGGUAGAUAGGCUCAUGGGAGAAAAAAAUGAUGUUACAUUUGGUUAUGAAAAGAAGAUGGAGGCUGCCAAACAAGACAUUGAUGCUGAGAGAGAGACAUACCUAACUUCCAGAGCAGGCUUAGACACGUUGUAUGCAGAAGCCAGGAGACAGCUGGAAGAUGAAACGAAACUUCGGCUGGAUGUUGAAAAAGAACUAGAGCUUCAGAUUGGUAUGAAAACAGAAAUGGAAGUAGCCCUUCGACUUCUGGAGAAAGAUAUUCAUGAAAAACAAGAUACAGUGAUUGGGCUGCGGAAACAACUUGAUGAUAUUAAAACUAUCAACCUUGAUCUGUACAAUAAACUUCAG